GAGGUUUGGUACCAAAUGCGCCGGCUGCUCCCAAGGCAUCUCUCCCAGCGACCUCGUCCGAAAAGCCCGGAACAAAGUCUUUCACCUGAACUGUUUCACCUGCAUGGUCUGCAACAAGCAGCUCUCCACGGGCGAGGAACUCUAUAUCAUAGACGAAAACAAAUUUGUUUGCAAAGAGGAUUAUUUGAACUCUCCCA